AUGGGCAUUGAUGAUUCUAAUAUUGCAGCUAAUGUCAACGCCUUUACUGAAAAUCUAUGGCCUCAAGGCAAUGAGAGUUUCAGCACAAGUAUCCAUUCGAUUACCGAGAAGUUAUCGGAGCUAGACAUAACUGUCAGAAGAAUGAUCAUGGAAGCUUUGGACUCGUGA